AUGAAAGUCACACACAGAACCGUCAGCACUGAAGCAGACGCUCUACGAUACCUCAACCAAGUCGCGCCCCGUCUCCCGAUACCAAAACUCAUCGGUUCCUUCGAAUUGGACGGCAAAGUUUACACGAUCAUGACGAAACUCCCGGGCCAUCGGUUACUGGAUAAAUGGCCACAGAUAUCCGCAAAACAAUGCACGGACGUAAUUGUGAAAGAGGUCACAACGAUCCUUUAUCAGCUUUGGGACAUUUCGCAACCCGUUGAUAUUAAAGGAAAAGUAAUGAUGAGUGCCAGUAGCCACGGUGGCCCAUAUCUCUCCACGCUCGAGUGCUACGAUAGCAUGUCGGAUACGAAGAUGUCGAACGUCUCUCCGCGUAUCACCAACGCCCUUAGCCAAGACCCGAUAGUUUGGGUUCACACCGACCUGAGGAUGCAGAAUAUACUGGUCGAUGACGAGGGCCAUGUCACGGGGAUUGUUGACUGGGAGGAUUCGGGAUGGCUUCCAAGACAUUGGCAGCUACAUAUUCUGCGUCGACCACAGUGGGGGUGUAUGGGCGCUUGGGUCGUGUACUGGCAGUCGGAGUUCCGUUGUGAUGACGUCACUGAAGAAGCCUACGAUGCUUCCUUAGACGGCGUACUUGUAUACCCCCUAUAG